AUGAAUGAACAUGUGCCUCCAGAUACCGAGCGUCUAUAUUCAGUAGUGUUCGAAGAGAUCUGUGGGCGUUUUGGAAAAUCAUAUACCUGGGAUGUGAAAUCCUUGGUUAUGGGUAAGAAAGCCCUAGAAGCGGCAGAAAUUAUUCGAGAUGUUCUAGAUCUUCCAAUAACCAAAGAAGAGCUACUAAAUGAAAGUAAAAUCAAGCAGGAGAAGCUAUUCUGUACUACUGCAUUAAUGCCAGGGGUCGAUAAGCUGAUCCGUCAUUUACACAAACACAACAUACCCAUGGCUGUUGCCAGCAGCUCAGAUGAAGUCUCAUUUCAGCUGAAAACAACCAGACACAAAGACUUUUUUGGUCUUUUUCAUCAUGUUGUGUUGGGAAAUGACCCUGAGGUGAAGUGUGGCAAGCCACACCCUGAUCCAUUUCUGGUUUGUGCAAAGAGAUUUCACCCUCCUGCACCUCCAGAGAAGUGUCUUGUGUUUGAAGAUGCACCACUUGGAGUCAAAGGAGCCCUGGCAGCAGGAAUGCAAGUGGUUAUGAUUCCAGAUGAAAAUUUAAAUCCAGAUCUUAAAAAGGAGGCAACACUGCUGCUGAAGUCCAUGGAAGAUUUCAAACCAGAACUGUUUGGUUUACCAGCAUAUGAUUAAUGCCUAUGAACAUCCACUUGACUGGAGAUGGAUUAAAAGUGAAAUGAAAUUUUAUUUUGGUUUUGUGAUUGUUUUUCAUCUUUUACUUUCUUCGUCAAAACUAGAGCACAAAAAUCCCAUUAACACCAAGUAUUCUGCACAGUACCUUUGGAAAAUUGUCUGGAACGUUUAUGAUUUGUCCUCUUGAUAAAUGCUAAAUUAAAGCAGCAUCUCCCUGUGAAGUGAGUCCAGUCUUGUUCUCUGCACACCAUAAUGCUUUCUGGGAAUAUUAUGAAACUAUUUAGGCAGUUUAUUGUAAUUGCAUUGGAAGCUUCUGGUUCUGUUUCCACUUGAAUGACUUACUGUUUAGAUCUUAACCAGAAAUCUGUUCUAGAUUGGCUUUUAUCCCAUUACCUUGUUUUUGAUAGUUAUUGCUAUCAACAUGUUUAUCCAUUUCCUCAUCCUGUACUUGUCCAUCUAUUCCCCUUGUAUUGUGUUGUCUUUUUAUUUUUUUCCCCACCUUUUUGCAAGGAUUUUUUUGUACUUUCUGUGCUUUUUUAUUAUGUUUUUUCUUGGAGAUUGAAUGAGAUGACUUAAAACCUCCAUUAUUCUAUAAUUCUCUCAUUAUCCUUUCUGACGUGGUGAUAGCUGGCUAGGAGGUUUACAAGCUUAUAUGAUCUUAGAAGUUAACCAAAAUGUUUUACAUCUUGUUCCUUUCGUUUCCUUCUGAUUAUUUCAUUCUUAUGAAAUUAAUGCUUCCUGUCUCUAUGCUUCAGCUCUAUGGCCUUAACUCCUUUGUAUCCAAAUAGCUUUUUGUAGGCUAUCCUUACUUUUCCAUUCUUACCUCCUUUUUUUUUUUUUGACAAUUUCUCUACAGAGAGCGUUGCUAUCUAUUUUUAAAAUGCAGAAAUUGAAGAUUUGGCUUCAAUAAAUGCUUAAAAUUUAUUUUCCUGGCUACCAUAAUUUCCAUAAAAUGUUUAUCUUGUCAAAUGUUCCUCUUUGUCUCUUUUGUCAGUACAAGGACAAGUGUCUCUUUAGAAAAUGCUAGAAAUGUAGACAGAUUUUGGUGAAAUUCACAACUACAUGUAUGACAUGGUAGAAGCAAUGUCUUUUACUUCGUCUAAAGAAACCUAUAGUAUGUAGGGCUUAUGACAGUUUUACAAAAUGAAUUAUUGUAUUCAGCAUUUAAAAACCUAAUGAGUAUACAGGAGGUACUCCAAAAUCUUGAUAAAAUAUCGAACUCCAUAAAAACAAGAAACUUGAAAUAUGUCAAAUCAGAGAAUUUUGAUCUUCCUCACAAAAAUAUUUUCUAGGCAUUUCUGGUCUUUAACUGUUUUAGAUUUAAGGGCGUUUUGUCAGGAACAAAAAUUAAUGAAUCAUAGACCCUUCAGUAUUCAUGGUGAGUUUCCUUAGAUUUUAUUCCUCCUGUAUUUAAAAAAACCUCAAACUUUUACAUCUUUUAUGUUGGUAUUUUCUUUUACUGUAGUCUGUUUGUACCUCAAAAAUUAAGGAAAUUUUAUUCCAUAUGGUCAGUCCAUAAGUGGUACCGGAAUCUUUUUAGUACAUAUAAUGUAAUAGUUUGCAGUUAAACUUUUAAUUCUAAGGAUCUAGAAGCAUUUUUUAAAAAAAGGGUGAAUAUCGAUUCUGUGUAAGUAUUCUGCAUAUUAUGUUGUUUCUUUAGGCCCAUAGAUAUUGCAGUCAUUGGUGUUUGUACAGUAAAAACAACCUGUCCCACCCAACCUGAAUUCCAUUUCUGGUCUUCCCAGACAAGAGAACAGAAAUAUCACUGUAUAAUUCUUCCUUUGACUGAUGUUACAUAACACAACAUGUUACUGUAGAGCAGUAAUUCCGAGCUUUAAAGUGUAAAACAGGUGCCUGUUGGGAUCCCCUUCGUUCAUAAUUACUGAAUUCCAACAGGGAAGUUACUAGGUAGAACAAGCUUUAAUAAGCUAUAAUUGGUAACUUUUUCAAACUUCUGCAUAUAUUUAAUUUAACUGGGGAGUUUUACAAAACAUAAAAAAUUAGCCAUGUCUCAUUUAUACUUUACUUUGAAGGAAUUGUCAUCAAAGUCUUGAUUUUUCUUUUUAAAGAUGUAGAGACAUUAAUAAAUAUAUCACUGACAAAAUCAGAAUUACUUCAUCAUGACCACCAUGGCGAGAUCAGCAUAUCCUGCAAUUCUAAUUUAAUAGCUUUAUCUUCUGCUGAAAAUUAAUAGUCAGAAAAUUAUUGCUCCUUAACUCAACAGCAAAUCCUAUCCCAUAAAAUUACUCUUCCAUUAAUUUAGUAUCCCACCUGAGAGUCGUCAGUGAGAUUAUAGCCCCAAACUGAAAUCUGUGAACCUGAGCCAUAUGCUGUAACCUUCUCAUCCUUUUAGUAAAAUUUCCUUCCAUAUACUUUUUGGUGGUUGUUCACUGGCUUCGUGGUCCUGAGCUGAACCAUUUAACUGGUAUUGAAGUAAUUUUAAGUGUUGUGGUUAGCUUUUCUCUUGACUGAAUGAGAAAUCAGAACAGCACAUAAAAUCAAAUUUUUCUACAGUAACCUUAAAAAUCCUGUCAUCUCCAUCAUGUACAAGGUGGAUAUUGAUGUCAGCAGCAGGUGACUGUAGCCUGCCUGAUUAACCAUAUACCAAAUAUCAGCAUAUGUUUGUAUAUACUACUUUACCCACUUUUUGGUUGGAUUUGUGGCUCUGUAGCUUGAUCAUCUCAACAACAUCUGUUCAGAAAAGAAAAAAAAUAAAAAAGGAUUAAAAA